AGGAAAUUUUGUUAAUGUGAAGAAAAUAACUUUAUACACUAGUAUACUGUGGAAUAUUUUUAUUACUGCUACAUCUGAACUUAAAACUUAUUUAAAACUACUGAAGAAUUUGAAUUAAUUGAUGGAUAUUCUGAUUAAUAAUAUUUUAAAAAUAUUGAGUGUUGAUUAAGAAAUCGUGUAUUUUGAAUUUUUACCAACUGUAGAUUUUGUGACAGUAUUUUAAAGAGAUUUAUUUGUGUUGUAACUAUUUAUUUUGUGAAUUUAAAAUGACUGUUUAUCAGCCUACGACCGAAUCAAAUCCAGCUGAAAGAGAAACCAACUACACGUUCACUCUUAUAUUCAGCACAUUUGUUGCUGUAUUAGGAAAUUCAUUUCUUUAUGGAUACAACAUCGGAGUAGUAAAUACACCGGCUUUGAUCAUUCAAGAAUUUUAUCGCAAGGUGUAUUUUGAGAGAGCUGGUGGAAACUAUGGCAACCUUCAAGACUUCGACAAGCAACUGAUCAGCAAGAAUUUGACGUUUGAAAAUGGAACCCUCCGUGCUAACCAAUCAGAAAUCGAUGAUCUCUCGGAUAAAUUGGGUGUCGAUCAUGCACUUUUGUUGGAGAAAUGGGAGAUUGAAUUAUUGUGGUCUACAACCGUUGCUGCAUUUGUCUUAUUUGGAAUGAUAGGCGCUUUUACUUCCGCAAAGGUCGCUGACUUUUUUGGCAGGAAGAAGGGUAUGAUUGUCAUUACAUUUGUUAUGUUUAUUGCCGCCAUUUUUGGCGGAAUAACGAAAGUUGCAGCCUCACCAGAAUGUCUGAUUAUAUCCCGUAUCUUUGUUGGUCUUCAUUCCGGUCUAAAUGUGAGUUUAGCUGCCUUGUAUUUGGCGGAGAUUUCUCCCAAGAAGAUUCGUGGAGCUAUCGGAACUUGUCAUCAAUUGGCUAUUACUGUUGGUAUCCUAUCCUCCCAGAUUCUCGGAUUAAACGAACUUCUUGGUACUGUGGACUUAUGGCCGUGGUUGUUUGCGUUCAAUGCCAUACCUCUCUUCAUACAUCUUGUCUGUUGGCCAUUGUGUCCUGAAAGUCCAAGAUAUUUACUCAUUAAGAAAAAUGAAGAGCAAGAAGCUACCAUUGCUUUAAGAAAAUUACGAGGCUAUGAUGACGUGGAGGAUGAAAUAGAAGAAAUGAGAAUUGAAUCAAAGAGAUCUGUCAGUGGUACGAACUUCUCCAUGCAUCAAUUAUUGACGACCCCAGAACUACGAUUCCCAACUGUUGUUGCUUGUUUACUUCAAGUUACCCAACAAUGGUCUGGUAUCAACGCUGUCAUGUCGUAUUCUACUUUCAUUUUUGGACAAGCUCAAGUACCAACUGAAAAGAUUGGUUAUGUUAUUGUGGGUACUGGUUCUAUCAAUGUCUUGUGUACGGUCAUAGCUGUACCUUUAAUGGAGAAAUUAGGAAGACGUCCCUUGUUAUUAUGGCCGAUGUGUAUGAUGGCUAUUUCUUUCUUGUUGAUGACCGUUUUUAUUAAUCUACAAUUUAACGUUGAUUUAGUCGAACACCAUUCGACAUUCGCUAUGAUUUGUAUCGUUCUCAUGCAUAUAUACGUUAUAGGUUUCGCCCUUGGUCUUGGACCGAUCCCCUUCAUCCUUGUGUCGGAGAUCUUCCGUCAGGAGCCGCGAGCUGCAGCCAUGAGUCUGUCUACCGCUUUUAACUGGAUUUGUAACUUCGUUUUGAUGUUGGCUUUCCCCUUUAUGAAGGAUGGAUUGGGGGCCUAUACGUACCUGCUGUUCACUAUAAUAUUAGCAGCCGCAGUAGUCUUUAUAUUUUUCUUUGUUCCCGAAACCAAAAAUAGAACCUUCGACGAAAUCGUUGCUUCCCUCGGUCUGACCCGUGGACGUGGUCCAAAAAGUUCGUACAAAUUUCCUGAUGAAGCAGAACUUCAACCAAUGGGAGAAAAGGUGUAAAUGUGUGUUUUCUUUUAGGAUAAUUAUUAAAAAAUAUUAUUAAAAACUGGUCAGAGAUUGUCGCUGCAGAGUUGGGAUUAGAAGAGCAUGGGAAAAAAAUUGGAUUAAACUGGGUAGCCAUGUAGUGCGCACGCAUAUUGAAUGAUUAUAUAGUUCUCUGGUUUCAAUGUGUAUUUUAAUUGAAUGACCAGAUCUCUAAUAAACGAGGGUAUUGUAGUAAACCAUAGCAUUUACACACUCAAACAAAAAGAAUUUUUGAAAAACAAAUGGUCAUUUAUAAUUGUAUUUUCCAAAUUCAUUGUCGAAAGAGAAAAAUGUACGUUUAGCAAUUAUAUUAAUUUAAAACAUUUUUGACAUAGAAAUAUAGGCUAUAUUUGUACAGUUUUGAAACAUAAAACUAAGAAAUAGAAAAAGUAGGUAUUUGGCAUGAGUCGUAUUCGUAGGAUCCUUAUGACCAAGAUUCCAACCUCGUUAAACUUACUUAUUCUUGAUUAUAAUAAGGGGGAUAAGUGGUGAGACGUUCAGUAUAUCGAAUAAUCAGCUCAAAUUUAAAAAAAAGUGGCAUGGGUUAUCUCAGUGACAUGAAGGGUUAUCUCAGUGGCAUGGGGUAUCCCAGUGACAUGGGAUAUCCAAGUGGCGUGGGUUAUCCCAGUGAUAUGGGUUAUCCAAAUGGCAUGGGGUAUCCGAGUGACAUGGGUUAUCUCAGUGGCAUGGGUUAUCCCAGUGACAUGGGUUAUCUCAGUGACAUGAGUUAUCCCAGUGGCAUGGGUUUACCUCAAUGUUGUGUGGAAACAUAAAAACAAAAUUUCAAUGAAAUUUCGAUAGCAAAUCCCACCACUGUGUAAAAGUCCUUCCUUCGACCAAAAACCUAAAGAAAUUGCCACUUGAGUCUCGCGAACAAUGCUUCAUUUAAAACUUCAACACUUUAAAACUUAAAAUUUUUUAAGACGAGCAACCACGUACUCUUUGUUUUUAAAUUAUUCGUUUUCCCGAGGUAACAGGAAGCAAAAUUUGUCAUAUGUGUUUACAAAGAUAAAAAUUGAAACUGUCGUGGUCAUACUGAGGUACGAUAACAUGAGAUAUAAAUUCGGGUGUUAAUCAUAUAGUCCAUUAUCCCCCUUAUUUUAAAGUCUCUGAAUGUCAUAUGAGGAAUUGGGGAAUCCCUUACAAAAUACAAUACUGUACAAGUCAAAUCACUAAAAGAGAUAUCGGGCCAAAAAUCGUUCAAUUCUGCUUAAGAUUAAUAAAGAUGUGAUGACAUUCAGCAUCCGAUAUAAACUGCUGAUAAAACUAAAAUCUCUUGAUGGUUCUCUUUAAAUUCAUUUCAAUCCAAUUCCGUUGAUUUUGUUGUUUAAUUAAAUUUUAAUUAAUGAACGCGAGUACAUUUUAGCAUGGAUAAAACUUGAGAAAACUUUGAUACCCAAUAAAAAGGCAAAAGGCAUGCAGAGACUUUAAUGAAAUACCGUCACCAUCUUCAUUACAACCUCAAACCAGAUGAUCGUUUAUUUGUUGGUUUUUUUUUUUAGAUAGUUUGUUGAAUUAUUAAUUGAUUUUUGAUUUGAUUUGAUUUAAAUUUAAAAAUUGAUGAGGAGUUAAGUUUGCACCUGAGAGACCCUGAUUGAUCAUUGACCUAUGAUUUUUUAGUCAAUAUGUUUUGUGUGUGUGUGCGUUUUUUUUUGUGUUUUAAUUAAAUUCUGUGAUUUGAUACAAUUGUUAAAAUGUAUAAAAUUGUUUGAUGUGUUUCAAAUCAAGUGGGUGUUAAAAAAUUUAAUGAUUUUGUGGUUGAUUUUACAUUUUUGAUGUGAUUUUGAGGAUUUAGAGUGGUUGCUAUAGCAAUAAUAGCCUUAUUUUGAUUUGACUUCUAUAGCGGCCAUAUUGGGUUCACCGUGGUUUCUAUAGUAACAUAUUAAAGAUAUGCUUUGUGGGAUUCUUUUGAUAAAAAAAAUUUGUUUUAAACUAAGUCAAAAACACAUAAAAACAAAAUGUAAAUAAUAUAUAUGUUUAAAAAUAUUUUUUUCUUCUUCUCUUGCUUGACUUUUAUUUUAAUUUGCAUUUAUCCAUAUUUGUAUGUCAAUUUUACCAAGAAAAAGAUGUUUUUUACAGGUAUUGUAAGGCAUUAGAAUUUCAGGUACAAAUUUUAUUUUUUAUUAUGAAAAUGAUUUUUAUAUUGCCUUGAAAUUGUUUAUGGAAAAUAAAAAUAGAAGCAAAAGAUUUAGACUUGGUAUUGGUGGAUUUGGACUUGGCAGUGGAGGAUUUAGCCUACUUGCCAGUGCCAUGUUUUAAUUUGGUUAUGCCCUAAGCUUGAUAAAGUUUACUUGAUAGAUAUAUGUACUUAAUUAGAAUGAGAAUUUUGUACUAAUUUUACUAUGUAUAUAUGCUGAAAUAGCUACUGGUUGUGAUAUAACACGGCAGUUGUAAAUAACUUCUUCAUUAGACCUUCAUUGGAAUUUGAUAUACAUGUAACAGUAGGCCGCAGCGCUGCUGUCCGCCCAGUCGGAGCAGUUUGAUGUUAAACCCCAUUUCAUUUUAUUUCUGGCAGUUGAAUAUAAGAGUAGGUUGCAGUGCUGCUGUCUGGGUAAAAUUUCCAGUCAAAGCAGGACAGUGGUAUGUUAAACCCUAUUUAUAUCCAAUAGCUGAUGGUAAACCCCUAUUUCAUUUCCGACUUUACCCUUUUGUGUGUUUUCUCAAUCAGUAACCCUUACAGUAUAAGAUACUACAUCUAUGAUCAUUUUUACUUCCAUUAAUUGUUAAUUAAGCAUACAUUUGUCAAAUUGAUUAUAAUGUUUAUCUUGUUAAUUGUCCUGUUAAUUGUUUAAUUAAUUAUUGUCUUAUUUAAGAUUCUGAUCUUUAUUUUUAAGUUCUUAAAGUUUUAGACCUAUUUUUAGUUUUGAUAGAAAUAUAUUGGUGCUCUUUUAUUUUUUUAAACAUAAAGUUUUUUAAAAAUUUAUAUUUUUGGAUAUAUUUUUCGUUUGAAGAUUUUAAUGUUAAAAUUCACCUUUACAGAGGUUUAUCGUACAUGCACAUCAGUAAUAUUACAUUGAUAGAUAGUCCAAAACAAAUUUAAAAAUAAAAGAUUGACUCAAAUUAAAGAUGGCAUAAUUGCUUACAAAGGAUUAUCAUGUAUGCACCAUCAGUAAUAUUACAUUUAUAAAUAUUCCAAAACAAAUUCAAAAAUAAAAAAUUGGCUCAAAUUAAAAAUGGCAUCAUUGUUUAAAUCCUUUAGAUCUAAAUAAAGUUACUUCUAAAUUAUUUAACAUACAAACACGUAUGUCACGGGAGUUUGGAGGUAUGAUAAUAAAAUCCGCAUUAUAUUAAUAGAACUAGUGAAGUAACAUUAUACACAUGGUAGGGGAUAUACUUUUAUAAACAUAAAACGUUCCGUACCCAAUAUAAAAUAUUUCUAAGUGUAAAUUCUAGUCACAAGAUCUCUGAUGAGCGCAACAAUGUCCGAACACUUGGCAAAUGAUAUAAUAUUUAAAAGAAAAAUGAAUGAAUUCGCAGACUGCUAUUCGACAGAAAUAUUAAAUUUAUGAUGAAUAUCAGGACUGUAAUACUAUCCUAGGGCCAAAUACAACAUUUUCUGAGAAUCUUAAUAUUGAAACUUAGCAUGGCUGAAUUUUUUUGUUUGCCAAGUGUAAGGUCUAGACUUGUAGAACUUAAAAAUAUGAAAUCAAACAUCAUAGAAGGUGUGCAAGGGUUGUCAAACAUCAUAGAAGGUGUACAAGGGUUGAUUAAUGAAUGAUUAAUCACACAAUGUAGAACGCGAAAGAAUUAACAAAGUUGUUUCUUUCUUAGGCCAAGCCAAUUUUUACUUAUUUGGGAAUUGGUCAAUAAAAUUUCAAAACUUAAAAAUUUGGAACUAAAAGCUAUUGAGGAGCGCAAUCAAGAACUUUUGGUUUUUAAUUAUUUUAUGUCCUUCCAAGAAAUGGGAAGUCAUUUUGGCGUGGCCUUAAUUGAAAUGAUUGUGUCAGAGAGCAGUCAACUACCUCAAUGAGCCUAGAUUUUAUGUAUCUGUGUUUUUACUUGAGUUACCGUAAAUCUUACAGAUCAAAGAACAACAAUAUUCUGGAACGGAUCAGGAAUCAGAUUCACAAAAACUUCUAAAACAUUUUAAGAAUUCAGCUUUUCAAUUGGAUAUAAAAAGAGCUAAAAUUUGUACUAGAAUUUUAAAUCUCAACCAAUGAAAUGCCUGAAUCCUGAAAAUAUCAUAGUUUAAGUUUUUGUGAAAAAAAACCUGGAAGCUUUCUUCAUAUGUUGUUGAUUUCAAGAAAUCAGAAUCUUUAUACAAAACAGUCGUGAUUGAGUCUGGUGAUUGAUUCAUAAUUAUUGGAUGUAAAAGUAUGUGCAUAAAUUAGUGAUUGGAUGUAAAAGUCUAUGAUAUUUCUACAUGCAUGAAAUUAAUGACUGGAUGUAAAAGUCUAUGAUAUUUCCAUGUGCAUGAAAUUAAUACCUAGAUGUAAAAGUCUCUGAUAUUUCUAAGUGCAUGAAAUUAUUCACUAGUUGUAAAAGUUUAUGAAAGUUUUCGAUGCAUGAGAUAAAAGUCGUAUAAAUUGUAAGAAAUAAACAAGAAUAAACGUUGUUUUAGGUGAAAAAUAAAUUUGUAUUGGCCUGAUCUAUUCUUAAUACAGUUUGGCCAUCAGCCCUUUUUAUAUACUUUAAUUAUUUUAAAUGGGAAAUUAAAGGCCAUUAUUUACGAAAUAUUUAUUUAUAUUUCUUGUAUUUCAAAUAUUAAAAGCAUGAUGUCUGCUUUGCGGUAACUAAAAUUGUUAUAUUUAUUUUAAAUGAAGAUUUAUUAUCUGUUAAUGUUGAUUUCAAAUCCAUUUUUAUAACUUACAUCUCUUGUAUAAAUGAUGUUAAAUAAUUAUAUAUAAUUGUAUAAAAACAGGAAUUUUUUUCCGAGCUACUGGGUUCAUAAAAACUGUCUCAAUUAAGACCAAAUAGAUUAUAUGAAAUCAUUGAAUAAUUGUGUUAAUAUGAGCAUUUAAAGCCUAUCAAUGUUUUAUAACCGAUUUGUUUAAAAAAGAACAUUAUGAUCUACCAGCACUAGAUAAUGAUUCAAAAGAUGACAUUUUUAUACAAAAGGAAUGGAAAUUGUUAGGAGUUGGGACCCAUACGAAUGCUUAAUUCAAUGUACAAUUGGCUCAUCUAAAAUACAUAGGCCUUAAAAAUCAUUUGAUGUGUCAAGGCCUUGAUAUAUAUAUAGGCCUACGUGUAAUUGUGAAUGUGUAUGGGUGGACUUGUCAAUAAGUCACAUGUAGAUAAUAAGUUUGGUGUAAGAAAGGGGGGACAACUGCACAAUUACUUACCAUUGCACAAUCACCACUGCUUAGUACUUCAGGAAGGAGAUCAUUUGUCAUUUUGAGCCAUGAUUCACUAUUGUAGUUAUACUCUACCUGCUACCAUUACAAAAAAGGGUGAUCCACAUGGCUUGUGAUGGCUAAUGGUGUUAACAAUCUGAUUUAAACACAGAUCCUAUUUCGUCUCAUUUUGUAUAGUUUAAAAUUUCGUUUUACUUGUCUUUACUACACUAGUAUCUGGAAGAGUUGUUAUAUAACCGGUGUUCUGGAUGAUGUGAAGGAUUAGCCAAUGAAACGGUCUGUUACGGCGAGUUUUUGGUGUGAGGUGCACAGAACUGUGGGUAACCCACUUGAAACAUCAACACUGAUUGGUUAAUCAAAUGUCUGACAUCAUAGGGUCAAAAGCCGCUCGUAUUACCCCUGAUGCAACCUUCCACUAAAACCGGUCAGAUCUUCAUGUAGUAGAGACCAUCGAAAGUAUAAAAAAACCAAAAUGAAAUAUAGAUCUGUAUUUUAAUCAGAUAGGGGAAACUUUAUAUUGUAUGCUGAAUAAGUGUGUCAAGGGGAAUAACUCUUUUAGAUGUGUCCCCCCUCACCAAUUCUCUGAUAGUAAAUGAAAUGAACUACUAAUAAGAAUGUAUAGAAGAAUAAUAUAUAAGCAUUUUAUAUAUAUGAAUAUAUUAUUGUGUAAUAUGAUGUGUUAUAUAAAAUAAAAUAAUAAAUGGUUUUAAAAUUA